CUUCCCUCUGCACUCCGGUCCACAGCAUCCGGCAGCUUCGGCGUGGGUUGCGAGCAGCGAAUGAAGAGCGAAGCGGAGAGAAUUCCGGUUGUGAUUCGUUGCCGAAUGGGAAGGUGACUUUUUGGGUGGUGGUAGCCAAGGCUACUACUUCAACUUCCUUCGAGCGCCGGGAGAGGUGCGGUCGGCGAACAAUGGUGCUUUUAUUAAGAUCCUGUUCCUUCAGUUGCCUACAACAGCCAACGCCGGUCCUUUACACAUCUUUUGCUCGCCCUCGCACGAAUUGUCUUCCAUCAGGUUUCCCGUCGAUCGAGCCGCCAUAGCAGCAGCAGCAGCGGCGGCAGCAAUAACAACAGCACACGCUCCAUGGAGCUCUGCCCCGCGACCGCUCCCACCAUGAUGCCGUCACGAUCUGAAUCGGCCUCGCCUCUCGACAGACAGCAGCAACCCGGCGGGCCGUUACGGCGUCUCUUACCUGCGAAUGCUACGGCCAUUGAAACCAACGGGUCCCGCGAACAAUCGGUAUCCCGCACUUCCCCGACCGCCACUUCAAGUAAUGGCACCGCCUCGCCUGUGAUUCCGGCUCGGCGGAAGAGGGGCCAAGCAACCACAGCCGCGUGCGGCGCGUGUAGGAAACGCAAAUCCAAGUGCGACGGCGAGCGGCCAGCAUGCUCCAUCUGCCGUGACCGGGGCACCGCCUGCGAGUUCGACACCAAUGCCGCCGAAACACAUACCCAAGCACUCAAACGCAAAUUCAAUGAGCUGCAGAGCCAGAAAUCGGCAUUCGAGCAGGUUUAUGACGUGUUGCAGGCGAGAUCCGAGCAGGAAGCCAAGGAGGUAUUCCGGCGGAUUCGCAGCGGCAGCGAUGCUGGUACCAUCCUCCGUCAUGUCAACUACGGUGACAUGCUCGUCCAGCUUGCCCUGGUCCCGGAGGCCCGGUUUCGCUACGAGUUUCCCUACCUUCCCGAUAUGCCCCCGUUCCUCCGAAACAUGGACAACCCAUACCUGGACUCGGACGUCUAUGAAUAUGCCCUCCGCCAGUGUUCGAAUCCAUCUCAUCAAACAGGCUACCAACGGCCGCAGCAACGCCUCUUGACCAAUGCGGCAAACGGCGCCGACUCCGUCUACGGUGCUGGCCAACUGGAUCCGUACCAUAAGCCCUACUCAUCUGCGACCGUUGUCCAUCCCUGGCUGGACUCGGUAAAGCCGUCGAAGUGGACCACCGUUAGCAGCGAUGAUGACUUGCUACGGAAGAUCCUGCACGACUACUUUCUCUUCGACUACGACUGGUUUACUUUCUUUCACAAGGACCAUUUCCUGGAGGAUAUGGGCACUGAGAACCCACGAUUCUGCACCCCGCUUUUGGUCAAUGCUCUAUUGUGCAUGGGAUGCUUCUGCCACCGCGGCCUGCAGGGACGCGCAGAGUUUUGGAAUCCCAAAAACAUCGGAUACCAAUUUCUGGCCGAAGCCAAGCGGCUUUUUGAGCUUGAGUCGUCGGUGGAAAGGCCAUUCAGGGACCCCACGGACCCAACCUGGGAGCACAGAGACAGGGAAUGGGAGCAGACCAGACUUACCACAAUACAAGCUGCGCUGCUCUUGACCCUCAUUUACAACCUCAACGCCUCUGACAAGAUCGGCUGGCGUUUCACGCUAAACGCUAUAGAGAUGGCCGACGAAAUCCAACUCCUAGGGCCCCCACUAGAGCGCCACAGCCCUGAGAUGCAGUGUGCGAGGACAUACACUGCGUGGGGGUUGUUCUGCUGGCAAAAUCUCGGCAGCUACCAUUACCUGAAGCCACCCCCGAUUAGUAAACCUCCCGAAACACCUCUUCCCGACCCAUCGGAACGCCCGCAGUGGUAUGGCGAGCUCUGGGUGAGGUACCCCUUGAGCCAGUCCCGCUUACCGACUUACCACGGGUACCUCUUCAAGGCCCUUUCCGAGUUCUGGACCAUCAUGAACGAGGUCUCGACGCUCACCUUCUCGCGCCAGGGCCCGUCCACCAAGCUCUCGGUCGACCAGAUUUUUCGGUUCUACUACCGGCUUAGGGCAUGGCAGCACAACCUUCCGGAGCCUCUCACACCCAAGAAAAUCGUACUACCACACCAACUGAAGCUGCACAUGUACUACAACCACAUGCUUAUCGACCUCGUCACGCCCAUUCUGGAUUAUACCGGAAGCCCUGAAAUGCCGUUGGCGCACACCCCGCGUGACAUCUACAACGAGGCCGUAAACCAUUUCGAGACGGUCGUGCGUCUCUACUACCUACGCCACGGAUUCGAGGCCACCGACAGCUUCCUCCUUCAUUUCCUCGGUUUCCUAAACCACAUCACCAUGAACGCGAUUGAGACGAGCGCGGGCUCAUCCUUCCUCGAAGCCCGCCGAUCGACAAUGCUACUCCUUACCAAAGGAAUACACGACCAGAGCCGGGUGCACUUUGUCGCUGCGGCGGUCCUGCGCCUCCAGGUAGGCCUGAUGCGGCCGGAAGAUGUUGACCUGCUCAAGCAGUUCGUCGACAUAGAGUCGGACCAGCUAAUAUUUGGGCCCCUGAAACAAACGGUCCACACCGCCUGGCCCGUGUACUCGAUCGGACUCGAGACCAAGGCCGAGCAACUAAUGCAGGGAAAGACGCUGGCAACCUGCCUCGCGAAAAUGACAUUGGAGUCGGAGUCGAAAUCUCCCAGCCCACCUCGCUCUCUCCCAACCAAUGGACAGAGGGUUCGAUGACAUGAGGACACUUGUAGAUUAAGCGCGGAUUUUACAUAUAGUCGGACAUGUGCGCCAGAACUGUACAUGGAUUCUGUUUUCGGCGUGCCGGCAUCCCGGGCGCAAUCAACAAGUGUUAAAACCAUCA